GUUUUAAGAAGACCCGGAAGUUGUCGCUAGCCUAUCGUGCGAUCCUGAGCUUCUACAACAACAAACUGUUGUCUGAAGUAGAACAGCUGAAACAUCUGAAGGAAAGACUUCUACUGAUUAAGUGGCAGCUGAUCUUUUGGACAGAUUCUGUAGACAUUGGUGUAGCAUAGCAGAAUUUUAUACUCACCUUUAUUUUCACCGUUGCUACAUUGGCUAGCUAAGGAAGCAACAGGAACACAGGGGAAAUCUAAUGUGUGAGUCGUGACACCUGUAAAAUGCUCAUUAGAUAGUUGAAAAAACUCGACCGCGGUUUCGCAUUUCCAGAAUGAGCUCCUCGUCAGCGGGGGACAGGGAGGCUGACAUCCCCUUUGACAGCUCCAUGGAGGACAGCGGGCACACAUGUGCAGGGGAGACCAGUAAACAGGACACAAUGAUCUGUUCUGGCAGUAGUGAAAUCAAAAGCAGAGCGGUCGUGAAGUACUCUGCUGCCCCACCUCCAACAAGUUAUGCAGUCUUACAAGAGAAGACUGACCUGAAACUGCCCCCUGCCAACUGGCUCAGAGAGAACCCUCAACUGGGCUCUGCUGGCACCACUGUGUUAGGGUCCAGCAGUAAGAGCAAACCAUUCUCCAGUUUUGGUAUGGCCUAUGACUUCAUUGAUUGCAUUGGGGAUGAUGUUGAUGUGGUGUCUGAUUCAGAGAACAUAAAGAAGCUGUUGAAAAUCCCUUACAGUAAGUCACAUGUCAGCAUGGCUGUUCACCGUGGGAGAACGCUGCUUUUGGAUGAACUGGAUAUUCAAGACCUGUUCAGGAGGUCCUCCCAAACUGGAGAUUGGGCAUGGCUGAAGGAGUUUUACCAGAGGCUAAUGGAUCAAAAGUGGCAAAGGAAAAAGAAAAGUAAAGAGCACUGGUAUCAAAAAGCUAUCCUAUCAAAGUUCCUUUACUACAGUAUAAAUGGUGAUGGAGCUGCUGCGCCAGUACCAAAGGACAUGGUUGAUGAAGAGGAAGACGAGAAUGAGGCGGAGCAGCUUAGGUCUUCAUGGCCAACGACCCUCACCACCUCCCCCCCAGAUGAGGACGACUCGGCUCCGGCCAAAGAGGAAAGCGUCUCUGUGGACAGCCAGUUUGCCCUUGGCCAUGUGUCAUCAGUUCCAAAUGAACAGAAUCUUCCUACACUUUUCAAUGAAGGAGAAAACAGUCAGGGUUUACGAAAUGACUUUGUGCGCAACAUCAUGUGGACCUUUGAAGACAUCCAUAUGCUGGUGGGCUCCAAUAUGCCCAUAUUUGGAGGAGGUCGCUACCCUGCUGUCAGCCUCAGACUAAGAGACAACAAUAAACCUAUCAACAUUUUGACCGGCAUUGAUUACUGGCUGGACAAUCUCAUGUGCAAUGUUCCGGAGCUCGUCAUGUGCUUUCACGUCAAUGGAAUAGUGCAGAAAUAUGAAAUGAUAAAAACAGAAGACAUCCCCCAUCUUGAAAACUCCACAUUUUCGACUCGGGUGAUAAAGGACAUCGCUCAGAACAUCCUCUCCUUCCUCAAGUCCAAUUGCACCAAAGAGGGACACACUUACUGGCUUUUCAAAGCCAGUGGGAGUGACAUAGUGAAGCUGUAUGAUCUCACCACGCUGUGUGAAGAGGCGGAGGAGGAGUGUCAGAAUCCCUUCACUCUGCCUGUGGCUGUCUUACUUUACAAAGUGGCUAGCAACUUGAUGCUGAAGGCCCAUCAAAACAGAAAACACUAUGGCACAAUCAGAACUCUGCUUCUCAACUGUAUAAAACUUCUGGACCAGGACAAACACCCACAGAUCAUCGCUUCGGCCAACUACAUGCUUUCGGAGCUCUUCCAGCUGGACGACCCCACUGAGGAAGACGAGGGGGAGUCACUGCGGACCGGAGGGUCAGAGGACAGCUACAGUGACGAAGAACGAGAGGAAGAGGAGCUGACAGAGGAGAGUGACGAAAACAGCUCUUACACUCGCCCUCAGCGGGACAGUAAGGCCGUGGCUGUCAUCCGCUCUGUGGUGGAGCUCUCUGUGCCUGAGAAGUACAAGUCCACUCAUCAGAUCAGACCAAACUGUUCUUUUCCUGUUUCUCAAGACAAAGAAGAAAGAUGCAGACAUGUUUUAAGUUACGUAUUAAAGGGUUUAAAGGCAGUUGACCUUACCAUAAAGAAGGAAAGUGAUCUACCUGCUGCAGAUCCAAAUACUCCCAUCCCGCUAAAAUAUGAGGAGAGGAGUACAGCUGGAGCUUGCUCACCUGAAAACGACAUCUCACUACUUUUGGAAAGAACUGGGAUUGUGCAUGAGGACCAGAAGCAUCCCACCCGCUCUGGGAUGAUCCCUGGCUCUUGGCAACACCGGAUGAAGAUGCAGCUCUUCCUCAAAGCCUCCAAAGCCUACUACGUUCUCUCCGAUGCCGCCACCAACCUGCUCAAAUAUGGACGAGCCCUGCGCUACAUCAAACUCUCUCUGCAGUGCUAUGAUGCCUACUGUUCUGUUAGUGGGACUCUACAUCCUCACGUGCUGCACUUCCACAGCCAGUGCCUGUCUCUGUGUGGAGACAUCCAGCUCAUGUUGGCCCAGAACAUAAACAACCGAGCAGCCUACAUGGAGGAGUAUAACUACCAGACCAAAGAGGACCAAGAGAUCCUACACAGCCUGCACCGCGAGAGCAGCUGCCAGGCCUUCAACAUGGCGACGGACCUGGCCAUGGACCCGGAGUACCAGCUGUUUGUGAGCUGUAAGUGUUAUGAAGCGGCUCAUGAGCUGCUGCUGUGCGACGCGCUUAAGGACAGUGGUGGAGAGCAGCUCUCACAGGUGCUCAAGCGCCUGGGAAACAUCCGCAACGAGAUGGGAGUGUUCUACAUGAACCAGGCCGCAGCCAUGCAGACUGAGAAAGAAGUGAAAAAGUCUGUGUCAGUGGCUGAGCAGGAGAUUUGGAAGAAGAGCUUUGGCUUCUUUGAGAAAGGCAUAAAGGACUUUGAGGCAAUUGGAGACAGCACCAACACAGCCCUGCUCCUCUGUAACACCGGCAGACUCAUGAGGAUCUGUGCCCAGGCUCACUGCCCUGUGUUUGACGACCAGAGCAGAGCAGAGUUCUCACCAGAGGAGGCGCUCUAUUAUAAUAAGGCCAUAGACUACUACCUGCGUGCAAUGAAGGCUUUGACCACUAGAGAGAGCCACCCGGCCGUGUGGGACAGCGUCAACUGGGAGCUGUCCACCACUUACUUCACACUGGCCACACUCCUGCAGGACUACGCCCCACUGUCCAGGAAGGCUCAGGAGCAGAUUGAGAGAGAGGUGACUGAGGCCAUGAUGAAGUCCCUGAAGUACUGUGACCUGCAGACAGAAUCGGCCCGACAGCCUCUGUAUCAGUACAGAGCCGCCACCAUCCACCACCGCCUGGCCUCCAUGUACCACAGCUGCUUCCGCAACCAGGUGGGAGAUGAGCACUUGAGGAAGCAGCACAGGAGCCUGGCCGAGCAGCACUACAGUAAAGCAGUCAGUCUGUUUGUGAGCCUCAGGGACGCCCCCUGUGAGCUGUUGCGGACUCUGCUGGAGAGGGUGGCCUUUGCUGAGUUCACUAUGGCAGGUCAAAACAGCAGUGCAGCUAAACUGAAAAGUCUGACUGCAGCGCUGGACAUUAUGACUGAGACGAGACAUGCUUUCCAACUCAUUCAUAAAGAGCUGAUGGAAGAGGAGAUGGAGAAGGAACAAGAUGUGACUGAAUCGGGAGAAUCCUCAGACCCGUCGACGGAUGACGGGUCAGGACUCAACCUCCAGGAAGUCAUCAAGUUAAGUGGAGUCUUUGAACCAAGCUUCUCCUUCCUGUUGCUCCAGGUCAUUAAAAUCCUGACUACAAUAAAACGCAAACCAAGUGGUAAGGAUGAGGAAUUGCUGAAAACCUACAAGGAUGUCUACUCGAAGUUAUUGCGUGCAGAGAAAAAUGCCCCUUUGCUAAAUCGAGUCAAGUUCUACAUAGAGCUCCUAAACCAGCUGAAGGCAGAAACUGAAAGCAACAGUACAGACUCAUAGCAGAAUUUUCUCUAGGCUUAAAAAAUGACACGAAAUGCUGUAAAAGAAUGUCUUCACUUCUAACAAUUAUUAUAACAUUUCUCACGCGACAGUGACAAAUCCAGUUUCACCUUAUAUAAGCCUUUAAAUUUGAGAAUCUUACACAUUUCUACAAAUAGUUUUUCUCUGUAGUAUUCUUUCCAGAGAAUCUUGUUUCACUUUUCAGAUUGGGUCAUCUUAAAUAUUCGAUUUGAGAUUUAAUUCUGAAAUCUAAAUUGUGAUAUAUGGUUUAAGAUUAGAGGAAUUUUUUUUUCCACAUAAGUGCCCAUUGUGCAAACUUGCUGCACACAUUUUCUAAAAGAUUCAGCAUUCUGUAUUUAUGUUGUAUUUUCCACAACUAAACAAAAGCUUUGUAAUAUUGUAUUUAAUAAUGGAGAUUUAAUAUUGCUGAUGUGAAAACCUAUAUAUAAACUGUGAUCUAAGAUUUUACAUAGAAAAAGUUAAAUCUCAGAAAGUGGUUACUUAAGUUGACAGUGACACCAGCAUUACUGUAAAUUAAAAAAAAGUUUGUUGGUGGCUUUCACUAAAACAUUGUGUGCAAUAGAAAAGCAACUGCCAAUGCAAACUCAAAGACUCGCGCUGUACAGCUGUUAAGUAAAAGGCAUGUUUUGCUGUUUGACUUGUAAAAUAAAACUUGUAUGAUAGCUUUAAA